AUGCAGAAUGUGUUAGAACAAUUCGUGAAUUACAUGGAGGAAACCGAACAACAUAUAGAUGCGUAUGCAGUCAGCUGUGGGGAUGCAGGUUGGACGCGUAGAGGAGACACGCAUCAGGGAACCUUCUACACCGGACACACAGUUGCGGACGUAAUGAAAUGCAGUCUGAUGCUUGGAGCAUUAUAUUUUGUAACUGGGUGGACACCUAAUAAGGCGCCGGAUACGGACGACUCGCAAAAUGAUACGGAAAUGAAGGCUAUUAUGAGGUGCAUCGUGGCAAAUGUUUUUGCGUAUAUAUUGGCUGAAAUAAAGUGUAGAGAUGAGUGGCCUGCAGUAGACAGGGCAUGGUACAUCAUGAAAGGAAUGGGAGGACAGGGUGGGGUGGAGACUUCAAUUUCAGCUGGAACAUGUGCGCUGGAUGCGUAUAAGGAUACACAGGUAGGAACAGGGGAUUUACAGGGGGCGGUAAAAAAAUGGUUACAGAAAAGUACAACAAUACGUAAUCGUAUGGAGGCAAUAGAGAAGAACCCACAAUGCAACAUAAAAUGGGCAGAGUACAAGAGGCGUAUGCAACAGACAGGGGAAGAUGCAGAAAUUUCCAGUAUAUUUAAGAAGGGAAACAUGCAAAUGUUACUGAAGGAACAGAUAAAAGAAGUGUUUAAGACAAUUACCAACACAGUAAGAAAAAAGGUGGACAAGGCGCGCAAAAGGGUGGAGGUUUCCGUGGACUCUCCGAAUAGUGAUGUUGAAUCUGAGGACGAGGACGAGGACGAUGAAGAGCCGAAGAACGCCCACAAGGACAUGAAGGAAAGGACAGGAACGACACCGGUACAAGCAGCAGGAGGAGACCAGAGAGGGGCGCAGCCGUCGUCACCAUCACCAGAAGGAACAUCAGGAACAGGGAGUACAGGGGGCAGUCCAUCACAAGGACCACGAACCACAGACGUAGGAACACCAGAUCCAUCGGCAGCAGAAGCCCCGGUAGGGAAACCGCCGGGGUCCGCGGCACCAACAGCGCAACCACAAGCACCGGCAUCUCCAGUAGUACCCGCAUCACCACCGGCACCACCUCCACCAGCGGACACACCAAACGAACCACCGGCCCCAGCAGGAACAGGCACGCAACGACCGGGACCUGGACAACAACCCCCACCUGCGGCAUCACCAACGGAAGCAGGGACACCAGCAGCACCAGGGGCAGACGGGAAAUCCAAAGAAUCACAGGUUACGGAUUCGGAUGCAAAGUCCCCAGGUAAGCCGACAUGUCCCGCCAGCACCGGCACGUCUGCAGGUGUCUCCAUUAGUUGUGAGACUACCUCGGAUGAGGUAUUAGGCAUGACACCAGAAGUCAAAAAACUCCUGCAACAGCCAGAGACGGACAAGGCUACCAUUAGUCCUAACCCAAGUUCAGGGACAGGUGAGGACAAGAAAGUAGCGGCCGAGGAUGAUUCUAAGAAGGCGACUACGCAGGACGUUCAGCACACGCCAUCAUCACCUGAACGAGCUGCCGCACAACCAGCAGGGGACCCAGGUGUUCAGACAUCAUCCUCAACAGAUGGUCCGAAGCACACACAGGAGCCCCCAGUUGACAUUAAAUCUCCAGCAGGUGCAACAGCUGAAAAGGACGAACACGUUGCAGCCGGCAGGGACGGUAAAACCGUCGACAAUGGCGGCACCGAGGACCCCCCUCCUCUCAAUCCACCCAAACCAAAACCGAACCCGAACCCAGAUCAAUCGGGAAGUAGCGGUGUAGGGGGUGGUACUGAACAGGGUACUGGUGGGGGAGGGGGUACAGGAGGAAGUUAUUCAUCCUCCGGUCCGGAACUUCCCCCCUCCAGUCCAGGUCAAGGAACAGUGCCCUCGACCACCACAACAGGGGCACCAACACCAUCAUCAGAAACCUUAUCACCACAACCAACGGGAGAAACAAAACCACCUGCAACAUCCCCCCCCUCCGGAAAGUCCCAGACAGAAGACAGAGGUACUAAAUUAGACUCACCACAGGCUGACCAAAGUACCCCCUCUCUGUGGCCAGACGUGAACUGGGAGGACCUCAAGCCGUACACCCCCGCGCUUAUGCCAGCAGUGGUUGGUAUUGGGGUGAUUGCGUUCUUCCUAUGGAAGGUAAGCGCACUCGCACCCACACACAACGCACAAAUAACCGAGUAG